UCGCAGCCCGCCUCUAGGAGGAUGUCUGUGUGCUACCGUCCGCCCGGGAACGAGACGCUGCUGAGCUGGAAGGCCUCGCGGGCCACCGGCACCGCCUUUCUGCUGCUGGCAGCCUUGCUGGGACUGCCGGGCAACGGCUUUGUGGUGUGGAGCUUGGCGGGCUGGCGGCCCGCGUCGGGGCGGCCGCUGGCGGCCACCCUGGUGCUGCACCUGGCGCUGGCCGACGGCUCGGUGCUGCUGCUCACGCCGGUCUUCGUGGCCUUCCUGAGCCGGCAGGCCUGGCCGCUGGGCCAGGCCGGCUGCAAGGCGGUGUACUACGCGUGCGCGCUCAGCAUGUACGCCAGCGUGCUGCUCACCGGCCUGCUCAGCCUGCAGCGCUGCCUGGCCGUCACCCGGCCCUUCCUGGCCCCCCGGCUGCGCAGCCCGGCCCUGGCGCGCCGCCUGCUGCUGGGCGUCUGGCUGGCUGCCCUCGUGCUCGCCGUCCCGGCGGCCGUCUACCGCCACCUGUGGGGCGACCGCGUAUGUCAGCUGUGCCACCCGUCGGCGGCGCACGCGGCCGCCCACCUGGGCCUGGAGACCCUGACCGCCUUCGUCCUGCCCUUUGGGACUGUGCUCGGCUGCUACGGCGUGACCCUGGCCCGCUUGCGGGGCGCGCGCUGGGGCUCCGGGCGGCACGGCACGCGGGCGGGGCGCCUGGUGAGCGCCAUCGUGCUGGCCUUCGGCUUGCUCUGGGCCCCCUACCACGCCGUCAAUCUCGUGCAGGCCGUGGCCGCGCUUGCUCCGCCCGAAGGGCCCCUGGCCAGACUCGGCGGGGCGGGCCAAGCGGCGCGCGCUGGGACUACAGCCUUGGCUUUCUUCAGUUCCAGCGUCAACCCCGUGCUCUACCUCUUCACUGCGGGGGAUCUGCUGCCCCGGGCGGGGCCCCGCUUCCUUACACGGCUCUUUGAGGGCUCUGGGGAGACCCGAGGGGGCAUCCGCUCUAGGGAGGGUACCAUGGAGCUCCGAACUACUCCUAGGCUGAAAGUAGUGGGGCAGGGCAGGGGCAAUGGAGACCCUGGAGGUGGCGUCGGAAGGAUGGAGAAAGACAGUCGGGAAUGGUAG